GCACAAAGGGCAGACGAUUGCUUCAGAAUUUCAUGCGUCCAGCGUCAAAAUUGGGUAUAUGAAAGAAUAUAUUUCCGCAACAAGCACCAAUUAGCGCCAAUCGUCCAUGUUUUUCAAUGUGAUGAGUCCGCGAUGGGUCUCUUGUGAAGCGGGUGGCAUCCAUCCGCUUUAUUCUGUUCGAUCAUGGUUUCAUCGCCGUCUCAGACGAAGCUUGUGUCGGACCUGCAUGCUGACGCGGGAUCGUCUACCCCUCCAGGGCUGCUCAAGGUCUGAUCGAAAAGCACACGCGCAGCUGCUGUGUUGGCCGCUCAGCCUGGAGGCGAACGUUAAUGUAGGAGACUGAUGGGGUGGUACAGCAAGCUAGUAUUCUCAGACGAAUCAACCGCAGCUGCGGCCAGGGCACAAUCAGGGCAAUGGCGAUCACAGUAGGGCCGCAAAGAGCAGCA